GCCCGGGCGGCGGCCCAGCUGUGGGCCAUGCCGCAGCGGUAGCAGAUCUCGUCGUUAGCCCACGUUCUUUGUGCGGCAGUAAGAUGCUGUUCCGCUUCGGCGUGGUGCUGCCCGCCCGGGUGACGGAGGGCGGCGCGGAGCUGCUGGUGGCCGGGUCGCGGCCGGAGCUGGGCGAGUGGGACCCGCGGCGCGCCGUGCCCAUGAGGCGGGCGCGGCCGAGCGCCCCGCUGCCCGCCCAGGAGCCCGCGCUGUGGCUGGCGGAGGUGGCGCUGCCGGACGAGGACGCCGCCGGCCCCUUCUGGUACAAGUUCCUGCGGCGGGAGGGCGGCCGCUUCCUCUGGGAAGGUAGUGGGCCCCAUCAUGAUCGAAGUUGUGUUUACAACCAGAGCAACAUAGUAGAUGGAGUUUACUGCCUCCCAAUAGCACACUGGAUUGAAGUCUCUGGACAUACUGAUGAGAUGAAACACACAACUGAUUUCUAUUUUAAUAUCGCAGGACAUCAAGCUAUCCAUUAUUCCAGGAUUCUGCCCAACAUCUGGCUGGGAAGUUGUCCUCGGCAGCUGGAACACGUGACCAUCAAGCUGAAGCAUGAGCUGGGUGUUACAGCUGUGAUGAACUUCCAGACUGAAUCUGACAUUAUUCAAAAUUCCUGGGGCUGCAACCGCUACCCAGAACCCAUGAGCCCCGAAAUCCUCAUGAAACUGUAUAAGGAAGAAGGUCUUGCCUAUGUCUGGAUGCCAACUGCAGACAUGAGCACUGAAGGAAGAAUACAGAUGUUGCCCCAAGCUGUCUGCCUCCUGCACGGGCUGCUGCAGAAUGGACACACUGUCUAUGUGCAUUGCAAUGCUGGUGUUGGCAGGUCCACAGCCGCUGUCAGUGGCUGGUUGAAGUACGUGAUGGGAUGGAGCCUGCGGAAAGUGCAGUACUUUUUGGCUUCCCGGAGACCAGCUGUCUACAUAGACGAGGAAGCUCUGAAUCGUGCUGAAGACGAUUUCUACCAGAAAUUUGGGCAUCUUCGUUCCUCAUACCAAAUACAAGAGUAGAAAAGCAAAAGAGGAAAAGGAAGGUGAAAAGGAAUCCUUAUAUUUGAACCCUAAAGACUUGGAAAUUUCUGUGAUUCAGGCACCCACCUCACCUCUUCAGAAUAUAAAGUUCUAGUAAAAGUGAUGAGAAUUUUGUUUUAAAAGUGCCUUAGAGUGUUUUUUAUUUGCUUUCCUUAAGCUGACAUGAUUCCUGCUUUCAAGCCUUUUGGUGCAAAUAUGAGACUUAGGAACUCUGCAAAGUGAAACAAGAUUCUCUUUUAACUACUUGCCUGUAGGAACUGAGGUUUUAGGGUAGACAGUAAAUAAGAUGUGAGGUGAAAUAGAGCAAUAUUUCAAUGACAAGAGAAAAAUACAAAGAUUAACUGGAAUAAGGUUCAGGUUAGGAUGGAGCAGAUCAUCAUCAAAGCCACCCAGUUAUUUUAAGCAGAUAUUAGAUUGUUGCAGUCUUUUGUAGUAAUUUUGUAGACAAGUGGUAUCAAUGAGAAAGACCAGAAGGAAACUGGUUCUUCAACUCAGUGUUUAAAAACAAAAAGCUAAUGUCUAAUGCAGUGAACUAAGAUUUUUCUCUUUGUCCAUCUAGUUAAUGUUAAAUAUUAUGAGCUCCAGCUAUAUUUUUUUAUGACAUUGGGGUUAUGCUGGGCUGUGGCAUGAGGAGAGGACACAGCUCCAGCUGUGGCAGCCUUGCUUUGUUGUGGGGCAGGACCACUUUGUUACAUUAUCCUAGGCUGUGAGUUCUCUGAGUUGAAGCUGUGUUUUGCUCCUCUGGUCCAUGCAGUGCUGUACAGGGGCUCCCUUAGGUGCCAAGUCAAUCUGAGCAGUAAUCAUUGGGGUAAGAGAGGACCUAUAGGAAUUGUGUGAUAAGCAGUGUGCAUGACUGGCACCACAGCCUCUGAGCUAUUGACCUAGAUUAAUAUCUUCAAUACAGCAAAAGUCUCUCCUUGUGCAAGCAGUUGGUUUGUGUUUGGUUUAGCUGAUUGAAGCUGGGCUAUCUCUUGAGCUGAAUUAAGUGAAUACAUUCCUCUCCAGGAAGAAAGAGCAACUCUGCAGAGGGUGGUUUCUCAGGAGCUUAGUCUCAGUGUUAGCUUUGUGGAUGUUUCAACUGCUGCUUGGUCCCUUAGCUAAACUGAGCAGUGGCACCAACAGCUUCCAGUCCCACUCAGAUAAAAUCAAUUUGCUGUAGGUUUCAAUCCUCAAGGGAGAGAAGAGGAUGCAUAAACAUUAGGAAAUACAAUUUCUAUAGGUUUAUUGUUCAGUGAAAUCUCAUUUUUUCCAGCUAACUUGUUUGCCUUAAGAUGCAGUCAGUGACAGAGUAGUUUAAGCAAUAAAUAUCGAUUUUCUGAAUAAUUAAUGGAGAAACUAUUAGAUAUGAACUGUUUAUGGAGAAUGUCCAAAAUAAUAUAUUUUAUUUAUCCUAUACUUCUGUCAUAUUGAAAAGAAAACUAUUUAAGUUAUUCUAUGUGUGGAUUUGAUCAUGACUUCAUUUCUUGAAAUAACACUGCCUGUUUAGAAAAUAGAUGAGAAAAGUUCUCUGUUAAAUAAAGACAAAGGGAC